AUCCCAUCUUACAUCACCAUGGCUAAGGCUGCUAAAAAGAAGUUCUCCACCGCUGCCGACCCCACGGGCAAGCGGGUGCCUGCCAGCAAGAACCUUAACUCGGUGUUCAAGUUUAACACGGAUUUGGGUCAGCACAUCUUGAAAAAUCCCCUUGUGGCCCAAGGUAUAGUAGAUAAGGCUGCCAUCAGACCCAGUGACACGGUUCUAGAAGUUGGUCCAGGUACAGGUAAUUUGACAGUAAGGAUAUUGGAACAGGCCAAGAAUGUUAUUGCGGUGGAAAUGGAUCCCCGUAUGGCGGCUGAAUUAACCAAGAGAGUCCAUGGUACUCCCCAGCAGAAGAAGUUGGAAAUCAUGUUGGGAGAUUUCAUGAAGACAGAACUCCCAUACUUCGAUGUAUGUAUUUCGAACACCCCCUAUCAGAUCUCAUCACCAUUGGUAUUCAAGUUGUUGAACCAGCCCAAACCCCCCAGAGUAUCAAUAUUGAUGUUUCAAAGAGAAUUCGCCAUGAGACUAUUGGCCCGACCCGGUGAAGAGCUAUACUGUAGAUUGUCUGCCAACGUGCAAAUGUGGGCCAAUGUGACUCAUAUCAUGAAGGUAGGAAAGAACAACUUCCGGCCUCCUCCCAAGGUCGAGUCGUCGGUAGUUAGAAUCGAAGUCAAGUCUCCUAGACCUAACAUCGAUUUUGGUGAGUGGGACGGGUUGUUGCGUAUAGUGUUUGUCAGAAAGAACAAAACAAUAGCUGCUGGUUUCAAGUCAAACAACGUGUUGGACAUUUUGGAGAAGAACUACAAGACUUUCUUGGCUAUCAGCAACCCCGAGGACGUGAUGAUGGUGGAUUCCAAAAUGUCCAUGUUGGAUGUGGUGAAGACGAAAAUCGAGCAGGUGUUGACUAACACUGGUUACUCCGACAAGAGAGCUGCCAAAUUGGACCAGACGGAUUUCUUGAAGUUGUUGUAUGCCUUCCAUCAGGUUGGUAUCCAUUUUGCAUAAGCACUCAUUUACUGUAUAAUAGAAUUAUAUAUAUAUUGAUCGUCUA